AUGAGUCUUUGUGAACUUAACGUCAACACGGUAGCCUCAGAUACAGCAGGAGAUCUCAAGAAGAGUACUAACCCUUCAGUAUUGGCAACUUACAUCAGUCCUCCGCGUAAUCCGACCGCUGUUGCCAUCGCACAGCGACAGAAACACCUUGAUUAUGCCGGUGUUGCACCCGUCUGUGCGUCACAAAGGCUAGUACAGACACAAGAAUGUCCAACUAUGCCGGGGUCGUGCGGCGGUGGGGCGCCCUGUAUUGCUACUCGGCAUCAACAACAGCAUAUGAUGCUAAUGGCCGCCCUUGCUGCAGCAGCGGCUGCCACACAAAACGGCCCAGAUUCAUGUGCAAAAUGCCCCUGCACAACAUGUGCAUAUUAUAGGGCCUAUUACUAUCAUUUCAUGAAUGUUGAUGCCGAAGCACGAUGUCCACCAGCGAUGCCACUUCCACUCCCCCUCUUCCCGCUCCCUAAUGUCCUACCCACUACGACACCGCCGGUGGCCAGUGCCUGCAGGGGCGAAGAAGGUGGUGUGUUCCGUAAUAUCAGCGCGGUUCCCGUGAUGUCAAUGCGGACGACCACGCUGGAGGCUGGCCCGGUCUCUAAUGUGGGCACCACCCCAACUGAGAGCGUGAUCGCUCCUACCGCAAUGGUGAGCGAUAGCCCAUCUCUUGAAGAGUUCCAUCAGCGCUUUGUGGGCCACAUCGCAGACAUGGCGUGUACUUCAUCAGGAAAGAGCUUCCUCCAGACUUUGUUGCGCGCCCGUGAUGCGGACGUGUUGGAUUGUGUUGUGAAGGAGUUCUGCGAGGCCGGCUUAAACAAGAUUGCGAUUGACAACAACGGCUGCCACCUGCUCCGUGCUGUUGUAGAACAGUGCUCUGUGGAGCAGGUAAUGACCCUUGUUGUGUGCCUCAGUGAAACUCUCAUUUUGAAUAUGUGCACCGUGUCUCAAUAUACUCGUCGCACAAUACAAUCGCUCUUUCAAACACAUCUAAACAGUGGCGCAGAUUUGCAGCUAGUUCUGACAGUCUUGUCACGGAAUGCUGCGUAUCUUGCAGCCACUCAGCAAGGCUGUAUCUCCCUCAUGCGAGUAUAUGAAGUCUGCGAUAAUCCCCGUAAAGCACUGAUUAUGGAACCGUUAUUGCCCUCCUUGGCGUAUAUUGCUCUCGAUCCAUACGGUAACUAUGUUGUCCAGUGUGCCAUUGAGCACAGUACCAAAAUGGUCGCUGCGCAGUACGUUGUAAACUGCUUCGAGGGGCAUUUACUGUGUAUGAGUUGUGACAAGUAUGCCAGCAAUGUUGUCGAGAAAGUGAUUCGCUUUUGUGGCGACGUACCGGCUGUAAGGCGGAUGCUUCUAGACGAGCUUAUAUACAACCCUGCAUCCCUGCAGGAGAUGGUUUCAGAUGGCUUUGGCAACUUCGUAGUGCAAUCCCUUAUUGAGUCUUCUCAGCAUCCGAUGGAACUGAAGCGAAUAUAUGACCGUCUGAAGCCCGCCUUGGUUAAUAGUCCGUUUGCGACCAAGAUUGAAGCAAAGCUUAAGGCCCAGCAACGUUGUGCAGGGGUAAGGCCAUCUACAAUAAUGGAUAAGGUCACCAACAACAAUGAACGCGAUAUUGAUUGGGUAUCUAACCAAUCAGGGUCAUUUCCGAUGCAGCAACUUAGUCAUAAGACGCAUAAUCUUUCUUCGUCUCCACAUCCAGAAACCCUUUCAAAGCCCUCCCCUCUCAACAACAGUUGUAAUCGUCAAGGUCAAAAAAUAGGAAGGAUGCAUGCUCGAUCUGCACAUUCUAAGCCCUUGCCGCAAGUGAAGGGGUCUAAGAACUAA